AUGAGUUCAAGUUUAGUCGCACUUGCCAAAGAACUAAGUCGAACAAGACCCGAAGAAUUGCCUGAGAAAUUUUUGCAACUUCAACAACUUCUCCAACGAUCAACAUCCAUCACUAGUCUUAAAUAUGAAAUUAUUUCACUUGAUAUCUUACCAAUUCUCUUAUUAACACUUCGGCAAGAGUUUACAACGAUUCCCAAUGGAUGGCGAUUAGCUGCAAUGAAUUUGGGUCCAUUAGCUUGUUCGUGUAUGUGUGUAGAAGUCGAUAAAACGAAUGUGAAAACAAAGACCUGGUCAACGAAAUUUUUCGAUCGAUAUCUCCCGCAAGGUGUUGAUAGCUUUAUUUUACUUACCCGACAUUUACAAGAUCGAUAUAUGCAAGAAAAGAAAUCUCAUCUUCGUCAAGAUUAUGUCACGUAUAUGACAACAGUAAUGAAUAAUCUACUGGAGGUAUUGAAUUUUCAUUCCAAUCAGUAUGGAUUGAUCAAACAGGCUUUGGUUUCGAAUAAAUUUAUGGAAUUAUUUCUCACUGACGAUGUUUAUAUCUGUGCAUUGAUGAUCAACAGUUUCGAAGAUAUUGUCCGAAAGGGCAGACGUUUGACUGGUUCGAGUGUAUUUAAUGACCUAUCGAAUAAAUUGAAACAAGAUUAUGUCAAUGAACUUGCGUAUAAACUAACAGUUUUCGAUAACAAUGAAGUUGGAAAAGCAGCUGUGCGUGCUCUGAUUGCAGUUUGCGAAACUGAUUCCAGUAUUGUCACUUUAUUAGCUGAUAAAUUCAAAGGUCUCCCUACGAUUCUACAACGUUGGCAAGGUCGAGGUUUUGGUAUGGAUCUUCAAGAUUUGCUUGCAAUUAUACGACGCACGACUCGAGGUGGUCCCUAUUCUCGCGAAUACCAGAGAGAGAACUAUGCUGCUAGUCGAAUUCAAGCCUGCUGGCGAGGUUUUGCAACUCGGAAACGAUUAGCAAAGGCGAACAAAGCUAUGAGACAAUUUCAAACUAGUUUCAGGAAACGAAAGUUGAGAGAAGCGCAGCUGAAAGAUCGUGAACGUGAACGUGCGGAAGUUCAAUAUCAGGCGACACGUGAACAUUAUCGACGUUUACGACAAUUCAAACUUCAACAAAUGCAAACCAUUAAAUUGUUACCAGCAUCUGAAGUCGAAAAGUUUCUUGAAAUUCAACGUUUACAAAGUGCGACAAAAAUUCAAGCAGCUUUCCGAGGUUAUUCACAACGACGUAACCUGACGAAUGGCGGUCGUAACCGUUUGAUUGCUGAGCGUGCUGCGCGUCGGAUCCAACGAACAUAUCGACGAUAUCGACAACGAAAACAAGCCGAACUCGAUCGGCGUCAGGAACGAUUGAAAUACAUCAAACCGACCAUUCUCACUGAAGCUAAGCGAGAAGAACUACUCGAACAGAUCGAUCAAUGGAGAAGUGAAAGAGCUCCAAGACCAAUGUCGAAUGAGGAAUUUCAAGCACUUCAUGACCGCGCACAAGACAGUCUCAAUCGAUAUGUGACGACUAAUCGAGCAUGGCGUCGAAUUGAGCAACGACAACGUUUGUUACUUCAUAUGAUGGAUAAUGACUCGGAAUUUCUUUUGACAAAUCAUCCAAAAUUAAAAUCAGCAGUGGAUCCAACUAAUCCUACAGAGGUAUCAUUGAAUCAAUUAGAUAAAGCAGCUGCUUAUCUAACUCACCCAUCAUCGGCUAUUCGUUAUCGUGCACGGCAAGAUCAUAUUGAUGCGAUGAAAUUUGCUCGAGCACCAUGGUACAAAACAAUCCAAAUGGCUAACAUGGAUGACGAAGAGGAAGACGAAGAUGAAUAUUUGAAUCGUGGUGGUCUCGAUGAUUUUGGUCGAAAUGAUAUUUUGAAUAAUCCAAAUCGUUUCGAAUACGAAAAACGAAAGUUCUAUCAAUUUACACCUACAUCGUCAAUUCAACGUCUACAUUGA